GCCUCUUCCUCGCCGAGCAGACCGGGCAGGUGGUCCUCAUCCCAGAGUACCCGAUCGGCACGCCCUUCCCCACCGCCCUCGACGUGGUAGCGCCCGUGUACGUCAAGCUGAUGCAGGUCUACGGGCCGGACAACGUCAUCCUCCUCGGCGACUCGGCCGGAGGCAACCUCUGCCUCGCCGCGGCCCUCAACGCGACGACGCGCCUCCGCCCUGGAUCCGAGUGCGGCGGCAGCCUGCCCGACACGGCAGAGGGCCGGCGCGGCGGAGAGCCGCCGGCGGCGAUCGUGCUCAUCUCGCCCUGGCUCGGCCUCACCGACGACGCGAUCGACUCCGAGUCCUUUUCGGGCAACAACCCGCAGCAGGGCGGCUACCUCUCGUACGGGGGCGGCGCCGACUGCAUCCCACCCCUCAUCACCUCCUUCCUCCAGUCCGCGUACGCCACCGCGGCGCAGCGCGAGCGACCAGACGGCCUCGUGUCGUUUGUGGGGCGCGGAAUCCACGACGGAGAGAGCAGCUGGGACGGCGACACGAGCGGCGCGAGCACCGCCGCGAUGCGCACCCUCUGCCCCAUCUUCCUCACCCGCGGGGGCAGCGAGACGCUCUCGAACCAGCACGCGGCCUUUGCGCGCACCGUGCGCUCGCUCCGGCUGUCGAACCCCCGCUUCAAGGGGCGGUCGCCGCUCGAGGAGCACACCCUCGCCGACGACCCGGCCGCGGUCCACGUGGGCGGCACCAUCGCCAUGGCGCUCAUCUACUACACCAGCUGCUGCAGCGGCAGGGCACGGCCGACGACGCUCGACUACAAGCCGCUCGCGCAGGCUGUCGCCAUGCUCCGCUUCAUCAGCCGCGUCCCCGGCUGGGGCGACAUCGCGCCCCUCUCGCCCAUCACGGGCCCGCGCGGCCCGCUCAACGGCUGGCAGGAGCCAAAGCACUGGACGGACGAUGGCUGGGCCGGCAGCCUCGACCCCGCAUCGCCGGCCGCCUGAUGUGCGCGCAGGCGCUCUCUGCAGGGACGCGGCGGUUCCUAGGCGCCCCGCGCGGAGGGUCGGAGGGUCGAAUCGGAGGAGAGGGGGCAUGGUCACGGCCGCUGUGGUGGCGCGGGCGCGUAAGCGCGCUGUGCGGCCAGGCCACAUCGCGCCGCGCACUUUUGUACACAAGCACGCAUUCUGUCCAGGUAAGCAUAUAUGCGCGACAUGUGACGCACAUGCACAGGCUUGGCACGGCCUGGUAGAGUGGCAUUUGGUGUUGUGAGACGUCCUCGAGGCCGAGGGGGAGACGUGCUGCACCGGCGGGGAUGCGAUGCCGAGAAAUGCGCAUCUCCUGAAUUGUGUUUCGUUUGCUUAAGCUCCAAGCUCUUUUGUCU